CGCGUGCAGCACCGACUUCUUAAGGCGAUCUGUAGCUCUGCGACAGGGCAUGGCUAGCGCCGCGAGUCGCUCAAAUGCAUUCUACAUUUGAACCUCUUCCUCAGGCUUCUCAAUCAACGGUCCUUACUCUCCAGGCGUUGCUCAAAAGCCCGCCAAUCGUUGCUCGCGAUCUACCUGGGGCCGCAUCACUCUCUAUUACCUUGCAGUAUAUACUGUGCUAGCGAAUUCCUACAGGGUUGACGGACUCCAGGCAGCAUGUCGCCUCAGGCUGACCCUCUAUACCACAAACGCGUCUGGUGGAAAGAGGCGACCUUCUACCAAAUCUACCCAGCAAGCUUUAAAGACAGCAAUGGCGAUGGCUGGGGUGACAUUCCAGGAGUCUUGCAGAAGAUUGAGUACAUUGCAUCGCUAGGCGUAGACGUGGUCUGGUUAUCGCCGAUGUUCGAUUCGCCUCAAAUUGACAUGGGCUAUGAUGUCUCAAAUUAUGAGGAUGUAUACGCACCAUACGGCACAGUCAAAGACGUCGAAGAAUUAAUCGUAGCGUGUCACAAGAAUGACAUGAAGCUCAUCCUGGACUUGGUAGUCAACCACACAAGUGACCAGCAUGUUUGGUUCAAAGAAAGCAGAAGUUCGAAGGACAACCCUAAAAGAGACUGGUACUUCUGGCAGCCUGCACGCUACGAUGACGAAGGAAACCGCGUGUCUCCCACCAAUUAUCGCUCGUACUUCGCAGGCGGGACCUGGACAUGGGACAAGCACACUGAAGAGUACUAUCUGCAUCUCUACGACAAAUCCCAGCCAGACCUAAACUGGGAAAAUGAAGAAUGCCGCAAAGCCAUAUACGACUCAGCAAUGCGCUUCUGGUUGGACAAAGGCAUCGACGGCUUUCGCAUCGAUACGGUCAACAAAUACUCAAAAGUCCUUCCCUUUACCGACGCAAUCAUCGCCGAUCCCACAUCCUUCACGCAGUUCGCGCCGGAGAAGUGGUGCAAUGGCCCGCGCAUCCACGAAUUUAUCAAGGAAAUGAACACAGAAGUGUUGAGCCACUACCGCACAUACGACGGUCUCCCUCUCGCCACAGUCGGCGAACUCUCGCUCUGUCCCAACCCCUCAGACGUCAUUCCUUACGUCUCAGCACGGGAAAAGGAGCUCGACAUGGUCUUCCAGUUCGACAUCACACACCUCGGCCAAGGCCCACCGGGCGGAACAUCCAAAUACGACAUCGCUUCAUGGACGCUUCCAGAAAUGAAGCGCAUCGUGUCGAAAUGGCAGACCUUCAUCGACGGCACUGACGCAUGGACCACCGUCUUCAACGAAAACCAUGAUAACGGCCGCUCCAUCUCGCGGUACGCAAACGACGCACCAGAAUGGCGCGAGAAGAGCGCCAAGAUUCUUGCUCUCUGGCUCGUUGCGCAGAGCGGCACGCUCUUCCUGUACCAGGGCCAGGAGAUCGGGAUGAUCAAUGCGCCUGAGCACUGGGAUAUCGAGACGGAGUACAAAGACGUGGAGAGCCAAAAUUACUGGGCCGAGGUUGUGAGGCUGGAUGACAAUGGCACGGACCCGGGGAGGAAGGAGAGGAUCAAGAAGGGCUUACAGCUUUUGGCGCGUGAUCAUGCGCGUCUACCGUUCCAAUGGGACAACACACCAAACGCGGGGUUCUCGAGGGAAAAGCCGUGGAUGAGAGUACAUGAUCUUUAUCCCGAGAUCAAUGCCAGCUCCCAGGAAGGGGAUCUGCAGAGCGUGUUGAGCUUUUACAAGCAGAUGCUCAGACUGAGGAAGGAGCAUAAGGAUGUCUUUGUGUACGGAACUUUUGAGCUUUUGGAUCCGGAAGGCAAGGAUACGUUUGUGUAUCGCAAACGAUAUGAGGGGAAGACGGCGGUGGUGUUGUUGAACUUCCGUCUUGAAGUUCAGUGUUUGCCAACAAAAGAGAUUGAGGGCAUGGAGAUGCUUGUUAGCUCGUAUGGGAAGGUUGUGGGAGGGCCUUUGCAGCCGCUUGAGGGGAGAGUGUACAUAAACUACUAGUCGAGACGUUCGGCAUGUCUACUUCAUGGAGUAGGUAUGCAACAUUCACUCGCUUCACAAGCGGGCACUCCCCGAGUCUCGGUACGACAACGCUGUAGACGCUCCUCGGUGUACAGUGGUAGUGCAAUUGACGUUGCCAGCCUUUGCCAGCUUCUCUAAGGCAUAUGCAAAACGGCAAACUCGAUAUGUAGUC